GGAGUGGGGGAGGUGAAGACAGCUGGGCAAACUGCAUCUCCACCAAGCUGCUUCCCUUCCUCCUUGGGUUUUCUCAGCCGGAGUUAUUUGGCAAAGCCUGCUCCGGGUGCCUCCAAACCCCUCUCGUGAGGUCCAGGCGAGUGGGUUGCGGCACUGGCGGCCAGGCUGCUGGCACUCCAUUGGCCUCUCUAGAGCAGUCCCGGCACAGGACAUGUCAGUCUGCAACAGCCCUGGGGGCCCCGCUGCCCUGGACUUUCCCGAAGUCCUGAAGUCCCUGCUGGAGUACUCCUUACCCUGGACCAACAAAAUGACAGAUAAAGAGAAGAAGAUAAAGCUUGAGGAAGAUGAGGCAGCAGCUGCCAGCACUAUGGCAGUCUCAGCUUCCCUCAUGCCACCUAUUUGGGACAAAACUAUUCCUUACGAUGGAGAGUCUUUCCAUCUGGAGUACAUGGAUCUGGAUGAAUUUCUCCUCGAGAAUGGAAUUCCUUCCAGCCCUACUCACCUGGAUUUGAACCAGAAUCCACUCAUGCCUGUGGCUAAGCUGGAAGAAAAGGAGCCAGCCAGUGCAUCCACCGGUUCUCCUGUGUCUUCGUCAUCUACUGCCGUCUACCAGCAAUCUGAAGCAGCCUCCAGCACAGAAUCCCCACCGCAAAAUGAGAGAAAUACACCCAGCCCCAUUGAUCCUGACUGUGUAGAAGUUGAGGUGAAUUUUAAUCCUGAUCCUGCUGAUUUAGUGCUGUCCAGUGUGCCUGGUGGUGAGCUUUUCAAUCCUCGCAAGCACAAGUUUACUGAAGAGGACCUGAAACCACAACCAAUGAUUAAAAAAGCAAAGAAGGUUUUUGUCCCAGAUGAGCAAAAGGACGAAAAGUACUGGACAAGACGAAAGAAGAACAAUGUGGCAGCAAAGCGUUCCCGUGAUGCUCGACGAUUAAAGGAGAAUCAGAUCACAAUUCGGGCAGCCUUCCUUGAGAAAGAGAAUACGGCCCUGAGGACGGAGGUUGCAGAGCUGCGCAAGGAAGUGGGGCGAUGCAAGAACAUUGUUUCUAAAUACGAGACCAGAUACGGACCCUUUGACUUAUCUGAUUCCGAGUGAUGCAACUUUAAAGACUUUUAAAAACAAAGAAACUAAAAAGCACACAUGAAUCGCCAGUCUUCAGAGUGAGCAGUGAAAUCUUUGAGGUGUCCCAACACAACUGACGAUGACCCUGCCUGCCUGCUUGCCUGCAAGUACCCCAUCUGAACUACCCAGGGCUGGGCAUGAUGAAAAGUGCAAAGUCUCCUUAAUUCUGUAUAUGGCUUUCUUAUCUGUCUUUCUCACUGUAACUAUGAACUACAAUAAGCUUACUUACUGGGGGUUUUGUCAAGACACUCAAAGUUCAUGUUUCAAAGUCUGUUUACAGCCUGUGUGAGUAGUGACUGUUUUGGCACUUGAGUGGAAGAAAAUAGAGAGAUUUAAAUGGAAGUGUCUGUAUAUAUUAAGAACUGCUAUACUUUGAAACUUCUUUCCCCUGCAGUAGAAUAAGUUGUACCUAAUGCUGCAGCUCGCUUCUGGUACAGCAUAGCAUCUUGUGGAGUAUUGUGAGUGCAGAAUCAAAGACAGCAGUUUGUGGCGUGUGAGGCUUCCAGUGCAGAGUAAUACAGCAGAUGUAUUGAAACAAUGCAGAAAGCACCCCAGUGUGCCAUAUGAAGGCCUGUAAGAAAAUCUCUAUCAAACAACCCAUGCCAGAGGAAAAACUCUGCUGUAACCUGCCUUCUGACUUUUUUUAUUGUUAUUUUUUCCAAGGCUCACUUUCUUUUAAUGGUAUCUCGCUGAAACAAAGUCUGAUCUUGUGUUACAAGUUAGCAGUCAUGGACAAGGUGCUGGUCUGAUCCCCAUGUCUUUUGGCAGUGUAAGGCUACCAAGUGAGUAUUAGUGCCAGCAAAGCAAUGGCUAUGAGCUGCCAUGCUGCAAUUUGCCCUCUCUUGACUACAUGAGAACUGCAGUGGCAGGAGAGUAUUUCGUUUGUUUGACAAAUCUGAAACAGCUAAAGACUUUGCAGAGGUGCAGCAGACACCUUAAGUACCAGGACCCUUCCUUGUGCUGGUGCGGGAGAGUAGAUGAAAGCUUGGGCAGAUUGUGGAGAUGAUUAUUGUGUGUAGAAGAUGGGGAAAGUAGGUGGAAGGUCCUUUGUAAUAGCUUCAUCAGCCAAACAAGAAUCUACCUUUAUGUUGAGGAAGGUUAAGAGCUGUAUUUAAGUGGGAAGAACAAGUACUUGCUUUCUGGGAAAGUAGCACAGAGCUGUAGCCUGUAAGACAGGAGUGAAUGUUUGGUGUAUUUGUGCCUGGAGAUUGAUGAAUAGCACACACCUCAAGAGAAAUAACCCAAAAAGCUUUCAGAAGCACAAGUGCCUGAGUUAUGAGGCACAACUAGUUACCAGCAAAACCUGACACAACAUUGAGCAAGUAUUCUGAGUUAAUGUUUACCCAAGAGAUACCACUGUUCAGAGCAGAAAGGCAAAGAGAAAAAGAUGCAAGGCAGCAGAUAAUGUUGUACCUUCACUUAAAGAAUAAAAAUUAAAAUGCAGAAUUUGUAACUUUUUUUUUUUUUUUUUUGAAAGCAUAACCUUUGUAAAGGGCAUAUAUAUUAAAUGCACUUAUUGACCUGUUAUUUGUAAUGGACCAUGAUCUGGAGUGGAGAAGGUAUUUUUAACUUUCAUUGGUUACAAAAUUGUACUGAGUGCACGAUCAGAAUUUGUGAUUCUGAGGUGAUCUCUGAGCCAUCCUCAGAUGGAUGAAUAGCUUAGCUCUGCGUUGCUGGAACAUCAGCAUGUAUCACUACCUGUAGCAAAUAUUGCAGAUUCGAAUGGAUAUUUUUGGUAUGUCCUGUUUUUCUUUUUCCUUUAUUUUGAUGAUACUGACAGCAUGUAAAUACAGCAACUCUUUUUCCAUUUAUCAUUUCUACGUUUCCAGUUGGAUUUGGCUUUUCUUGACAGUCAUGCUUCCUGCUUAAAUCAAAGAAUAUUGUAACUGGGCAAGGAGUUGCUAAUCCUUCAUGGGGUCUUGCUGUCUUACUGCUUUAGGAGCAUGUUUUAAAUGCCUAUACAUUGUAUACAGGACCUGGUUUUGCAGUAUGCCACACUAUUUUAAGAGCAAAACAGUAAGAAUAGUACGUGCAAUUCUGUCUUUUCCUGUCGUAUCAAAGGUUUAUACAGUGGAAACUAACAGUGUAUUAUAUAUAUAUAUAUAUAUUUUAUUUCAGAGAAGACUGUUAGUAAAUUCUUGUGCUUCCCUGUAGAACAGUGCACAUCUGCACAUCCUGUUUCACGUAUCUACAGGUUGCAAAACUGGAAAAUCUCACUUCAGGAUAAACGUGACUGAUCUUCUAUAGUUGGAGAUUUCUUUUUUUUCUGUUAAGAAUCAACAUCCCCAAGGGCAGAUGAGGAGGCAGUAACACGGAAAGGAGCGUGCGCGCGUUGCCAGGCGGCAGGGUGACGCGCAGCGCUCAUUUCCGUUCUCAGCUUUUGCAGUCUUGGGAAGUUGAGCUUAACUGCUUCGAGAUGUGCUGCUCCUUUCAGAAAGAUUCACUUGCAGUCUUGUUUCUUUGACGAGGAUGACUGUCCUAUUUGUAAAUGAUAGCUCAGAUAUGUUUUCCGUAGAGAUCGUAAGACCGAUAUUCCUUUAGCUCAGUCUACGUGUUAAAAGAUGCUGAAUUGACACUGUUAGCAGCUGAAGUUCUCUAACCUUGGGACGUGCUACAUAGAGCCCAUAAGUGUGCCUAUACUCCUAUAUACUCCAUUGCAUCCAAAAAGGGACCAUCUCCAAGGGGAGGGAAUAAAGGGAAUGCAUCUUGGAGCAUCACUGCAGGGAUUGCCAUUGAAGGGAGCUGUUUUUGACAGCUCUACAUUGAUUAAGAAAUACACUGAAAUCAAACAGCCAUUGCACAGCACUAGCUUUCAAAGUGCAUAAACUGUUGAUACUGGCAAUUGACUGUUGUCUUAUUCUACAGAAGAAUUGACAAUGAAUAAGUGAUGCACAAAACUUAUUGCAGUACUGCUUUUGUACGUGACCUAAUCCACACAGUUGCAUUUCCAUGCAGCAGUGCAUUUCGGUACUUAAUAAGUCCCUAGAAUUUUAUUCUUUCACCUGAUGCCAAGAUCUGCUCCCAGUGAAGCCAUUAACAAAGAUCUCAUUAACUUCUAUAGGAAAAAGUCUUUGUUCUGAUGAGGUGAGCAUCAAGCUUUAAGCAAGCACUGGAGCCCUGGGUGUAUUUGUGUUGCUCUGGAGCGCCCUGUGCUGGGAUCAGGCAGAUGUAUCCCUGAUUGCAGGUGUCGUGUUCAUAAACUGAUCCUUCACUUAUUUGUUCACACAGUUUUGAUGUUCAGACAGUCUGGAAUCUUUCCCUCCCUCCCCUGCCGUGGACAGGGUUAAAAAGCAUACUAUUAACUUGUGCUGGGAAAAGGAAUGUUUUUCGUUGUUGCUUUUUCUUGUUUACUUGUUUCUUUUCUGAAAAAGAAUGUUAUGUGGCUUUCUGCAGUUCUUUUGGUAACGUUUUAUAUUAUUUCUGACAAUUUUCCCUGCUGUGCAUUUUGAAAGCCCAAGGUAUUUCAGCUGUCAAAAUCACUUUCAGUGUUACCUGCAGUGUUACCUACUGAUUUUAAUAAAUGAAUUUCACAAUGAA